AUGGUGGGUUAUGAGGGGUUGGGGCUAUGGGAAGGAAGAAGAGGGGGAAAAGGGGUUGUGGGUAUGACAGGAGGUAGAGGCGAGUGUGAGAUAGAGAAGCUAGGAGAUGAACAGAUAGUGAGCGAGAAAGAAUUACCUGGGGGUGUCACAAGCGUGGCAGUUGCUGGCGGUCGUUGGUGGCAGUUGUGA